AAAAUCCACCGGUGUCUCCGUAUAUAAGGUUGUUGUCUCGUUCAACAGCACCAGUCGUUCUUGACUCUUCGACCGUAGUGAUUAUCGACUUGUAACGACGCCGGCGAAGACAAGAAAAAGAAUUCGUGUGUGAACAGGAAGUAACGAACCAGUGUAAAACAUGAGGUUAUUCGAGUGUUUCGUGCCAAUUGUACUGUUGUUGCUAAUCGAGAACUCAUCGGCGAGACCUGGUUUGCUCACGCAAAUAGCAUCUCAGCACGGAAUCAAUUUAGAUCCUCUAGGUAUCUUCCGAAAGGAUAAAGAUGCCGAAGCACAGAGUAAAUCACACACUUACGGAAGCCAACUGAACUUGGGACCGUUGUCGAUCACCCGAAACGUGGCCUUUUCUUCGGCAUCGGCAUCAGCGAACGCCAAAGCCAAUGGCGGUGGAACGGCCUUUGCGGAUGCUAAGGCGAAUUCGCAAGCUACUGGAGGAGCCUCCGCGAACGCUGAUGCUUCCGCCGCAGCUAAUGCCCAAGGUUACGACGGUUUCAUCAGUCCGAAUUAUAAUUCUAACAUCGCUGAUCAAGAUGAUGAAUAUAAGAACUACGUCCCAUCAAACGUUCAAUACGGUAGUUACGGUGGUUCUCAGUCGAGUGCAAAUGCAGCUGCAAAUGCUGAUGCGUAUGCCGAUGCAACUAGCAACGCGAAUACCAAUUCGAUCGCUAACGCGAAAUCAACCGCAAACGGCUAUUACACUGGAAACAACCAGGCUAAUACAAACGCUGGAGUAAACACCGUUUCUCUGAAACAACCGUCCGUCAGUAUAUCCCCAUCUGGAGGAUACGAUAUAGAAAUAAUUCCACCUUUGCAUCAUCCUCGUCCUUCGAUGGUCGUUCAUCCGUUUCCACCUGUUCAACCGCCACCAUCAGUCAUGCCCUAUGAAGACACCGUGUUACCGGUGAUAAUCGUAGAUGGCCCCGCAUACAGCAGACCGAUGCCACAUUAUGCUCCUAGACCAAGACCACAUCAUCGCCCAAAUCCGAAGCCAGAACCAGUUGAAAUCAUCAUAAUAGACGAGACGGAUAUGCUAAACCAAGGCCAAGCUGGUGCAGCCGGGAAAAACAACUACUAUGCACCAGGAGGAUACACCAACGGAUAUCCGACAGGAUUUGGAGGAGCCAAUGCUAACGCUAACGCUAACGCCUUCGCCAACGCCAAUGCCAAUGCCAACGCCAACGCAAACGCAAAGGCCAACGCUAACGCCUUCGGCAAUGGAAACGGUUAUUCAGCUCCGUUAGACUACAUGCAACAACCGCAUUACUAUCCUUCGAACGCUCCGUCCACUUCCAUAGGAACGAACAACCCCUUCUUGAGUGGUUCUCAAGCGAAUAGCAAUGCGCUUGCGAAUGCGGGUGCCAACGCAAAUGCUAAUGCAGGUGCAAACGCUAAUGGAAACUUGUAUCCAGGUCAGGGACAGGGUGCAGGACACUAUCCAAGUGGUCCAGCUACUCCCAUAAACACGAACAAUCCAUUUUUAAGUGGAUCUGGAAACGCUAAUGCCGGUGCAACAGCAAACGCAGGCGCAAACGCAGGUGCAAUUGCAAAUGCCGGCGCAAACGCUGGUGCAAACGCCGGCGCAAAUGCUGGUGCAAAUGCCGGCGUAAAUGCUGCUGGUGUAGGUGGUUCUCAAUCGCAAAUUGGAGCAAAUAAUCCCUUCCUCCACGGUGGACUUCCAACUGGAGGAAAUCACCAAACUUCUCCCACUGGAUCCCCUUCAGGACUUGGACACUAUGUCGACAAUAGUGGAAGUUUGGCAAAUGCGAACACAGGUGCUAAUGGUCAGACUAAUGUAAAAGGUGUCCCUACUACGUAUCCCGGUGCUCCAUCUCCAGGAGCGUUGACGGGCUCUGGAGCUAACGCCAACGCCAAUGCAGGUGCUAACUCUGCAGGAUCAACCGGUGUCUAUGGACGACCCACUAAGACAGCUCCAAUAGCAAUCCCAGCAACUCCACAAGGUCCUUAUCAAUAUGCGCCUAGCGGUUCAGGUAGUGCUAAUGGACACUCUGGUUCAAACAGUGUAUUUGGAAACUCUGGAGCGAACUCUGGUGCUAAUAACUAUGGAACCUUGAGGCCAACUUAUGGCACUGGAUCUGCUGGAGCAAAUACUGGAGCAAACGCUGGUGCUUUAGCCAAUGCUGGAAGUGCUGGAUUAGGUUCUGGAAGUGGCAGCUAUGGAGUACCAACCAAAGGGGCACCAAUUUAUGGAACUUCUGGGCCAGCUUAUGGUAGUGGAUCUGCUGGAGCAAAUACUGGAGCAAACGCUGGUGCUUUAGCCAAUGCUGGAAGUGCCGGAUCAGGCUCUGGAGGUGGCAGCUAUGGAGUACCAACUAAAGGGGCACCGAUCUAUGGAACUUCUGGACCAGCUUUCGGUAGUGGAUCUGCUGGAGCAAAUUCUGGUGCUUUAACCAAUGCUGGAAGUACCGGAUUAGGUUCUGGAGGUAGCAACUAUGGAGUACCAACCAAAGGAGCACCAAUCUACGGAACUUCUGGACCAGUUUUUGGUAGUGGAUCUGCUGGAGCAAACGCUGGAGCAAAUUCUGGUGCUUUAGCCAAUGCUGGAAGUGCCGGAUCAGGCUCUGGAAGCGGCAGCUAUGGAGUACCAACUAAAGGGGCACCGAUCUAUGGAACUUCUGGACCAGCUUUUGGUAGUGGAUCUGCUGGAGCAAAUACUGGUGCUUUAGCCAAUGCUGGAAGUGCCGGAUCAGGCUCUGGAAGCGGCAACUAUGGAGUACCAACCAAAGGGGCACCAGUCUAUGGAACAAUGGGUCCAGCUUUCGGUAGUGGACCUGCUGGAGCUAAUGCUGGAGCAAAUGCUGGAGCAAACGCUGGAGCAAAUGCUGGUGCUUUGGCCAAUGCUGGAAAUGCCGGAUCAGGCUCUGGAGGUGGCAACUAUGGAGUACCAACCAAAGGAGCACCAAUCUAUGGAACAACGGGACCAGCUAUCGGUAGUGGAUCUGCUGGAGCUAAUGCUGGAGCAAACGCUGGAGCAAAUGCUGGUGCUUUGGCCAAUGCUGGAAAUGCCGGAUCAGGCUCUGGAGGUGGCAACUAUGGAGUACCAACCAAAGGCGCACCAAGCUUUGGAACUUCUGGACCAGCUUUCGGUAGUGGAUCUGCUGGAGCUAAUGCUGUAAGCAACGCUGGUGCUCUAGCCAAUGCCGGAGGUAGUUCAGGAGCCAGCGCAAAAGCCGAUGCUACAGCAACAGCAGGAGCUUCCAGUGGAUCUGGUGGAUCGGGCGCCAGCGCUAAAGCCGAUGCUACAGCAAUAGCUGGAGCUUCCAGUGGAACUGCCGGAUCGGGCGCUUUAGGACAAGGCUCGUCAAGUGCAAUUUCCAUUGCGAACUCCAACUCGUUUUCCAAUGGAGGGUUCUCUUCAGCGACCAGUUCAGCCAAAUCGUCCGCUUUUGGAGCUGGAAAUGCGUCGGCCAACGCAAAAGCAGAAGCAUCCAGCAGCGCGAAAUCAGGAUCAGCUAGUAGUUCAGCCUCCAGCCAAGCUGCGGCUAACAUAGACACGAGAAGCAUGCUCGUUUUCAGCAAGUAACCAAUUUGAUGCCCAAGUUUCCAUUGUUUGACGAGAUUCCCGAAUGAUUCGAUUAAACUAAUACCAUGGACGUGCCAUCGCUUUGAACUUUAUAGGAAUACUCCUUCGAAUGUAGUACAGUAGAACCUUGAUAUUUUUCUGAUGCAAAGACGUAGUAUGUAGAAACGACAGGGAAAAUUCGAAAUUCUACUGUAAUUGAGAUUCAUACGAUAGAUUGUAAGGUCCGAGAUACGUCACCGAUCAAAUACAUAUCGGAGGAUAACAUCGACCAACGACGACAAUUAGCACGUCGUAUACCGAUAGAACGUAAUUAAUGAUCAAAACGUGGAUACAAUCGACAUUGAUAUAUAAUAGUGACACGGUGUAACCAAGAUUUAUGCAAUAAAUUGCGGUUCAAUUACUGCUGUGCAAUUUAGCUGAUUUUUAUUGCAUUAAUCUGUUCGAAACUUCGUCGCUAUUAAAUCGAGUCGAGGAUUCCACGUAUGGUCCAAUACUUGUGAUACCGUUCUUGCCAAAUUACGUUUUCGAAGUAUUUCCUUCGAAUGGGACAAUAUUUCAAUGACAUUUCUCGUAUUCUUGCUUGAAAUAUAAUACUCUAAUUAUUUAUCGAUAUUAGCUAUUUACUAUUAUAUUAUAAAUAGUUCUCUGGAAUAGAUGAAAUGUCUAUAAUUUUUUAAAACAGAUUUUAUGCGAUAUCAUGACUGUAUUUUGUUUAGGGCUAUCAACGAUAAACAGAUGUAUGCGCAAAAAGAAGAUAAUGAAUUUUCGCUUAUUCUGCAUUUAAAAUGGUAUACAAUUUACGCGUGUUUUAUGUACUAUGACGCAUUCGAAAUUGCCCGUUCUUAUAAUAAAAAAAUAUGUGUAGGUCAUAGUUUAUUAUAAUGAUAUCGUUCUGGUGUAAAUGAAAUUUACACCAAAUUCAAUGUAAAUUUCUACCGACGUUCAGAUAUUAAAAUUUAAAAAUGUUAAAAUAUGUAUAUACAUAUUUUAAGUUAAUUGUUAGCGACAUUGCAUUCUAACGACGUUUCACAGAAAUCUGUAGAAAUAAAAAUAAAAGUGAAUCUACGAAUGAAUCUAAAGUUGUACCAUGACAUUUUGUAAUUCGUGUAUAAUUAUUAAUAAUCGCUUUCUGUGCCCAGCACUUUGCGUCUUCACGAGAUUUCCGUCUAUUAUCAUGUAUUAUCGUACAACUACAGAUAUCAAGUCUUCCACCUCUGCCUCGCUCUCUUAUGUAAUAUAAAUAUUAUUCUAAUAUCUGUAUGAAAUAAGAAUUUAAUAAACAUUGCGAUUUUUUAUCGA